GUAUUUCGGGUCUUUUCAGCUGUGCAGGAAUGGACGGCUCAGUUUCGGACCGCAACUUGCGGUAAAACUUUCCAAUGAUGCGCUCGCAACGCCGGAGAUUCAAAGGAAACAUCUGACUGGGUGUUGAGCAGGAUUAAGAACUAUGAGCUUGCCCUCAGGAAUAUUAAUCUUCAACUUUUUGCUGUGUUGGACUUCGGUUUUCUCACAGAUGGAGUUUGAUGAUCCUCUCUCUGCACAGGAGCAGAUGUACAUCCUGUAUGAAAUCAAAAUGCGGUGCUACCAGAACCUUUCCAACACGGACCCCGGGACCACAGAUGAGGCCUGCCCUCCGGACUGGGACGGACUCAUCUGCUGGCCCCGGGGCCUCCCCGGUCGGGUGACCAGGGUUCCCUGUCCGUCUUACAUCUACGACUUCAAUCACAGAGGACAUGCUUACAGGAAGUGUGACGUGAACGGUUCCUGGGUGUUCGUGGAGCACUGGAACAAAACGUGGGUCAACUACUCGGAGUGUGUGAGCUUCCUGCAGCCCUUGGGCAACGAGGAGGGAAGACAGGAGUUCUUUGAGCGGCUCUCGGUCAUGUACACCGUCGGCUACGCCGUUUCCUUCAGCUCGCUGCUGGUGGCCAUCCUCAUCAUUGGAUACUUUAGGCGCCUUCACUGCACCAGAAACUACAUCCACAUGCACCUCUUUGUUUCCUUCAUGCUGCGGGCCGUCAGCAUCUUUGUGAAGGACAAAGUCGUCCACUCCAGUGCUGGACUACAGGACCUCGAUUCUGCCCUGCUGGACAACCUGAAAACAGUCAGCAUAGCGUCACUGGACAAGUCUCAGUAUAUUGGCUGCAAGGUGACAGUGCUACUAUUCAUCUAUUUUCUGGCCACCAACUACUACUGGAUCCUGGUAGAGGGGCUCUACCUCCACUGCCUCAUCUUCAUGGCCUUCCGCUCCGAUUCCAAAUACCUCUGGGGCUUCACGCUCAUCGGAUGGGGUGUUCCUGCCGUUUUUGUGGCAGUGUGGGCGAUUGUCAGGGCAACGCUUGCGGAUGCAAGGUGUUGGGAGUUAAAUGCUGGAAACAUUAAGUGGAUCUACCAGGUUCCAAUUUUGACAGCAAUUGGGCUCAACUUUGUUUUGUUUGUGAAUAUUGUGCGAGUGCUGGCCACGAAAAUCCGGGAGACGAAUGCAGGGAGAUACGACACCAGGAAGCAGUACAGGAAACUGGCCAAGUCCACACUCGUGCUGGUGCUGGUGUUUGGCAUCCACUACAUUGUGUUCGUCGGCUUGCCUCAUACAUUCGAGGGUCAAAGCUGGGAGAUCCGCAUGUACUGUGAGCUGUUCUUCAACUCCUUUCAGGGAUUCUUCGUGUCCAUCAUCUAUUGCUACUGUAACGGAGAGGUACAGACGGAGAUCAAGAAAACAUGGACGCGCUGGAACUUGGCCUUUGAUUGGGAGGGUCCAGUGGUGUGUGGUCGGUACCGCUACGGCUCUGUGGUGGUUGGCCUGAACAACAACAGCACGAGCAGUCAGUCCCAUCUGGCUGGCGGCGGGCUCUCCACCCGCUCCACCACGCUGGUUUCCAGCCGGGCUUCCCGGAGCACCGGUCCCCCCAUAGUCAGCAUGCACGCCACCCUCCCAGGUUAUGUAAUCAGUAACUCAGAUCCAUCCAUACCUGAGGAGCCUGAGGACAGUGGGCCCAAACAAGUGGAUGAUAUAUCACUGAAAGAAAAUCUUCCUGCUGCCAUUGCAAGUGUGGGAGCAGAUGAUGAUGAGGAAACAUUGUAG